AGCUGACCUCCUUGGUUCCUGCCCCAGUCCCCAGUACCGGCUAACGAUUGAUUGAUCUUGGCUUUUUCCCAUUUUUUUUUUCUCUACACUUUUCGUCCGUUUUCAGACCGCGCUGGCCAUUGGGUUCCCUCCAUCGCACUCAAAUUUCGGGCUGCCUUGACGCCGGUCGGGCUGCCUGGGGUUAACCUAGCCCGGGUGGGCGGCGACCCUAGUCUCGAACUGGGGGAGGCAAGCUGUUUCGCCAACAGUAAUUUUCCACGCCCCCUCCCCUUUGGCUACCAUAUCCCGGCUCCGGCUUGGGAGACCCGUACCAGCAGAGCUUGCUGGGGGUGUAAAGUCAAGUCUUGGGGAUUCGAUGCUGUUUUUAAGAGUUGGCCAUCCCCAGCCUGAUCUCUUCGUAAUUACCUAGACCUCUUCUCCCUCAUCCCCUUAUCGUUGUACACGUGUGGCCCGGACGCUCAUUCGGUUUGUUCCUUCUCGCCGUCUUUCAUUCACUUUGAUUCUUCACGAGCAGGCACUCGCCAUCCUAAAGCUUAAGUUUUUGAGAAACAACAAAAAAAAGAACAAAGAGACUGGUACUCGGGAUCUUUAAUCAGAACUGAUCCUUAUUCUCAACUUAAUAAAUCUACAGCCAACACUCACAACACACAAUAUGAAGUUCUCAUCGGCACUUGCAUUGGGCGCUGCCCCCCUGGCUCUGGCGAAGGCCGCCCACAAUGUCUACCCGGUCAAGCGCAGCAGCGAUGGCAUCAUGGCGAACUCGGUUCAGCUCAGCUCCAAUCCCAACGCCCUCGAGACCCUCCUCGGCCUGGGAAUGUCUGGUGUCGGUUUGACAAAGGAGAAAGGCACUGCUCUCAAGACUGAUAUCAUUGUCAUCUGGCUCAACCAGGGUGGUGGCGCCCCCACCACCCAGAUUAACCGCCAGGAGACAGUCACAGUUACCAAGACCGUCGUCGAUGGCGGCGUCGCUCCUCCCGGUGCCACUCCCCCGCCGGCAGAGGGUGGCGCCGCCGCGCCUCCUGGCAGCGUUGUUGUUCCUCCCGGAAGCGGCGUCACCCACAACGUUACCGUGGGUGGGCCCAAGGGUCUUAUCUUUGAGCCGAAUGAGAUCAAGGCCAAGGUUGGUGACAUGGUCGUCUUCAAGUUCCUGAGCCAGAACCACACUGUCACGCAGUCCGCCUUCGACACUCCUUGCAACCCUCUCGCUGGCGGCAUGGACUCUGGUUUCCAGGCCAACCCCAACAACACCGUCAACCCUCCUCCCUUGGUUGCCAUGCAGGUUAUGGUUGAGACCCCGCUGUGGUUCUACUGCCGCGCUGCCCAGGGUGCCCACUGUGGUAAGGGCAUGGUCUUCUCUAUCAACCCGACCGCCGCGAAGACUCACUCGGAAUUCGCCGCGAAGGCCAUUGCCUCCAAGGGACUUGGUGGUGGUGGUGCCAUCACCGGCAACCCUGGUGGUGGUGGCGCUGCUGCUCCUCCUGCCGCUGCGCCUCCUGCCGCCAACCCUGCUGCCCCGGCCGCCUCCGGCUCCCUCGCCCCCCUGCCACCUACUGGUGGUGCUGCUGCGUCGCCCGGCAACCCCACCACUGGACAAGGCAAGCUCCAGCCCGAUGGCUCUUGCCAGUGUGUCGUUACUUGCGCCGCUGGCUCGUUCCCCGCCAUGGGUGUCCAGGGUCUCAACAACUUUGGCGGUAUGCCUGGUUCGAUACCCGCCAACAUGGUUGGUAUGUAAAGAAAGCAACAACAUGUGAACGAUUUCGAGGAUUUAUAUACCACAUUCUUCUCAUCCCACUUGUUGUUUCGGGUUCUCGGGCAUUUAGCAUGGGCUUUAUAUACCUUUUUUGUAGAUUCUUCUUUGUUCUUUUCUCAAGACCUUAUUUUCUCAUCGAACCCGGGAUGGAUCACUCGCCUUGACAAUGGCUAGAGCUUGAACUGUUUUGGGGGACCCUUUUGGAGUAAAAUCCCUUUUUUUAUGUUUCAAAUAUGACUGGUUCGUAUCUUUGGAUGGAUGGUAUCAUUAAUAAACGAAUAGAAUGAGUUACUUUGUUUUGUGGCCGUAUCUUGAGAGCAAGAGAACGACGCCUGUUUAGGGUUGUUGUUAUAACUUGUCUUGUUCUAGGUCUAGUCUAGAAUUAUCUACUUGUACAUCUAGUUCUCGUUGUUAUGUAUUCACCCCAUUGUUG